AUGUCGGAGUACCGUAAGAUCUGUGGCAGGAAAUUCACUGCCGUACGUUUUUCUCUGGCUUGUCACAUCUUUAAUGAACAGUCCUUGGAAGUCAACAGCUCCCGCAAGAAAGCCACAGAACGCCUGACUUCUGAUCUUUCAAAAAUUUCUGACUGGCUGAUGAUUGAUUGCCUCCGUUUGUCCGUGUUGUGUAAGCGUGCUCUGUCCUGCCUGGUCACGGCUUCCUGCUCACCUUCCGUUUUCUCCGCCUCCUUCUGCAGUCCACCCACCACCACCACGUCUGAGAGGAGUCUCGCAAAUUCGGUGAAAAAUAUUGGUGUCGUGAGGAAUGAGAGGCAAAAAACAAUACGUAGGUUAACGGGGACGCAGCAGCCUUGCCUCACCCACCGCGCCUCCGCCACAGAAUGCGAGCCGAGCCGAGCCAAGCCAAGCCAAGCCAAGCCAAGCCGAACCGAGCCGAGCCGAGCCGAGUCGAGUCAAGACAGUGGGAAUGUGCUUUCUUCACCUCGAGUGUUUGGGACGCUACCUCGCCUCCUUGGAAUGGCAGCAAGGGUAGUUGAUGCGCUCCUUGAGCUGCUCUCCUGUGUCCCUGCCAAGCUCCUUCAUCUCCUACAGAGGGGAGGUUGGUUCGUGCCGGGACAUCUAACGAGGCGCUCAGAAUUAUGUCCUGACUUUUCUCCAUCUGGGCAUCCGGAACCAGCGCACUGAGGACCGAUGGCGGGAGGCGAGGUGCUGCGGCAGGAAUUUCAGUGGACAAACAGUUUGUGUUCCGGCGCAGCAUCCUACCUCCUCGUGCUCCUCCGCCUGACUCACACGAACCUCAUCUCCCGGUGCCGUUUCAUCCCAGCAGUCUAUCAGGCCCACUCUGUAUUCUUUCCCCCGGCCUCCUUCGCGAUGUGAGCACCUCCACAAAGGGCGCACCUGCGUGGACUCAAACUAUAUCAUGUAGACCGGAAUCCAGCAGGUACGAACAACACCUCAAUACUACAUAACCGAACCGAUUUCGCGUGACUGAACAUACGAAGAUGCAGAUCACGGAGGAGAAUGAAGCAACACCCAACACAUCGACCUUCAACUUGCGGCUGUCAUCCACACCCACACGUGACCUGGUUCUGCUUCACGGGUCAGGUGGAGGGAGGAGGGGGAGAGAGGAAAGGAGAGGAGAAUAGAGAAGGAACGGGAGAAAGGAGUAGGAUUCAGGAAGGACGGGAAAAAAGGAGUUGGGCAGACAAUGGAAGGGGGGAUUAGAAGAGGAGAGAAUAUAAGGAAGGAGGAGAAGUAGAGAAGAGAGAGAGAUGUGAGGAUGGAGGAGAUAAAAGGGAGGAGAGCUGGAGGUGAAGUAAAAUUUAUAAAGAUUAGGGAGAAAGGUAGGGAUAGCUAGAGAGGAGAACGACAGGGCAACUGGAGGAGGAAGGAAAACGGAGGGUACAGGUGGAAAGGAGCAAGGGACAUAGGGAUUGAUAAAAAGGGGCAGAGUUCGUUCAGAUGAGUUUGAUGGACGCACUCAUUCCAGGCGCGCUCUCUCCGCCUCUGAGGUCUGCCAUUGAGUAACUGGUGGAUCAAACGCACUCAUCCCCUCCAUGUGAUUGAUUGCCUCGGGUAGAAAACAUUUAACUGGCGGCCGCUUGGUAUGGCGAGGGGGAAAGGCGAGCUAACCAUCCAAUCAAAAUAGUAGGAUUUGUAUGGGAUGUACGGGAUCUAAAAUAGCAAAUGAUAGUUGUUUUGUGGCUGAUUGGGCUGAGCCAUUGACUCAAUAUAAAAGCCUUGAAUACCAUUAAAAUCAUCAGUGUUUUAGAUAUAGCACCAGUAAGUGUAUGAGAAAUAAGGAAUCACAUGGAAUGGAAUAUAUGGAAUCACAUGGAAAUAGAAUGUCAGUCGUUUUGUGGCUGAUUGGGUUAAUAAAAUAUACUAAAACUA